UUAUUGUGUUUGUUCAAAAAUAAUACAGACUAUGUUCAUAAGGAAGUUAGUAACCUAUUUGAAUACCACAUUAUAAAAAAGUGAACAUGUCUGUUGACACGAAAGCUAUGGAUAUUACUAUUUUAUUUUAAUAAUACAGGAUUUAUUACACUUUGAAAUAAUUUCCUACGUUACAAUAAUUGAAAUGUCAGGAAAUUAAUUCAGGUGAAAAUGUUUUUAAAUUCUAAAUAUCUUUCUCGCUAAAAGACAUUUAAAUAACUGUAGAAAUUUUCUCCAAACAAUCGGAAACAUUGCUUUCAUUGUUAUCAAAUUAGUCUUCCUCUUGUCAGUUUAUUGCUUCGAGUUUUGUAUGAAUAAAACGUAUCACAGCUUGAAAUAAUGUAGGUUGGUGUCUUCUAACCGACACGUAAAAUAUAUCUAUUCAUUCGUUCAGGCUAUAAGUAAACUGAGCGUUAGGAAUUUGUGCUCUGUAAUAUUUAUAAACACGAGUUCGUCCAAACAGUGUGGUUAAAAAACAAGCGGAUAUUUAACAUGGAAAAGAAUUCUGAGGAUGUACAGCCAACACGGCACCAAAUAGCAGCACAAGUAAUACUGGAUACAAUUAUAUGGCUUUCAGUUGCACUACCCACGCUGUUCCUGUUUCUACAAGGUACACCAUACAAGACAGGAUUUUUCUGUGACGACAAAAGUCUGAGCUAUCCUUACAAACCAGAUACCGUGUCCACAACCGUGUUGAUAGUAGCAGGCUGUGUUAUUUCCCUUGGGAUAUUCAUGCUGACGGAAGUUCUGAACAGUGUAGACAGCAAAUGCCGACGACCAUGUCAACCUGUCGGCGAUACUAUAUUUUGUGUAAAGAGUUGUUGCGUAUUUCUUGUUGGCUUCGUCAUACAGGAACUAGUUGUAGAGGUGGUCAAAAAUAAGAUGGGAGUGCUUCGACCAAACUUUUUUGAUGUUUGCAAGCCAAGCUUCAACAGGACUUUGUGUCCUGGAUACAUAGCUGAAUAUACAUGCACAGGAAGUGACUAUGGAGGACACACCGUAGGAGAAAGUCGGAAAUCAUUCCCUUCCGGUCAUGCUGCAUUCUCUAUGUACAUUGCAGCUUUCUUUUGUAUAUAUAUCCAAAAACGGCUACAAAUAAAAUUUUCACGGAUACUGAAGUUCUAUCUGCAAUCUGGACUAUUAUUCCUUGCAAUACUCUGCGGCAUAGGACGCGUAAAAGAUAACAUGCAUCAUCCUUCUGACGUCAUAGCAGGAAAUAUUUUAGGCAUCACUGUCGCUAUAUUCGUGUGCAAAACCAUUGGACAGAAUAUAUUUAAAUCACCGACUGUAGACAUUCUUUCUACAAAUACCACUAACAAGCCACGUGAUUGUUGUUGCUCUGUCGGGCAGAUACCUGACAGGGAGCCGCAGACACCAUCUCCGCUCUUACCAAAUGAAUAUUUCCACCAAGUUAGUGAUGGAUUACAAACAUCUGUACCUACACUUAAGCCAGUUCGAAAUAAAAACACCAGGACUUUGACCAUUCCAGUGAAGCCUAUCGGACAAUUUGAAGGUGUGUGAAACACUUGAGUAUAAUGGUUAUUGAAUUAUUAUUCAAAAGUAUGUUGUUAUAGAUAUACAACAUAGAUUGAAGUAGACUAUGACAUAUGUCGUUAUUAAAGAGCGACUUAGGUUUUAUUGUAAAUAGGUGGAUAAUUUGCUUACUGGAUGAAAAAAUGAUUAUGUUACCAAACAUAAACAUUUUGGUAAAAGCAAACAAGAUUUGUUCUGUGAAAUUUUGAAUAUUUUGCAAGUGUCUAUGUACAUGUAAAUAGAUGAAUUAUAAAUUUUCUCUUUAGAAUAGAUGCCAGUAGGCGUUUAGUCUCUAAAUGUCAUGUAUCAAAGGGUGUAUGUGUGUUUGAAGAAACAUUGUAAACAUGGAUCAGUCAUACCUAUGUGAAAUUGUAUUUUAUGAUUUAGAAAAUGUUUAGGGUAAAUAAAACACAAUACUACAGUGGUAUGUUUAGGACAUGCAUUUAUUUUUUUAGAUUAAAUUAUAUCGUGAGCACGACAUCUUAUCUCGAGCGCUCGACAUCUAAUCUCGAGCGCUCGACAUCUUAUCUCGUGCGCACGACAUCUUAUCUCAAUCGCACGACAUCUUAUCUCAUGUGCACGACAUCUUAUCUCGAUCGCUCGGCUUCAUAUCUCGAGCGCUCGACAUAUUAUCUCGUGCGGAAGACAUCUUAUUUCGAGCGCACAACACCUUAUCUCGAGCGCUCGACAUAUUAUCUAGUGCGCACGACAUCUUAUCUCGAUCGCUCGACAUCUUAUCUCGAUCGUUUGACAUCUUAUCUCGAUCGCACGACAUCUUAACUCGUGCGCAGGACAUAUUAUCUCGUGCGCACGGCAUCUUAUCUCUAGCGCAUGACAUCAUAUCUAUAUAUAUUAAGGCCCUUUGUGUGUUUUUAGGUAAUCAGUAAAACAUGUGGACAAGUAGAUAAUUAGGGUCCCGCCUAUUCAAAUGUUAUUUAAACUUCCCACAAGUACAAGUGUAUCAUAUUAUUUGGGACAGCAGUGCACAUAAUUGGUCAUCCUAUCUUCAAAAUUAAACGAACAUAAUCAAUGAUGCUUACUGCAUGUUAAAGAAGCAACAAAUCGCAGUUCGACUGAUAUAAAUUCGCGCAUUAUCAGAAAAGUUAUAAAAUUGCAUGCAUGAAUUAAGGGGAAACGGGGAUAUUCUUUGAUAUAUGGGUGAAGUCUACAUACUUAAUCUUUUUUUAAAGGACUUGAAUUUAUUCCUUCACGUUAUCACUGAAUUUUUGCUGCCUUUUUUUUAUCAGUUUGUAUAUUUAAAUUACAACCCUGCAAACACGUGAAACAGUUAUAAGUGUAAUCGAAACGAAAGCAAAAACGGUGGCAGUCGUAUGUUUUUACUGAUGAUCUGAAUUCACACAAAGGGCUUUAUAAGUCGUGCGCUCGAGAUAAGAUGUCGUGCUCACGAGAUAAGAUGUCGUGCGCACGAGUUCAUAUGUCAAGCGCUCGAGAUAAGAUGUCGUGCGCACGAGAUAAGAUGUCGAUCGCUUGAGAUAAGAUGUCGAACGCUCGAGAUAAGGAUAAGAUGUCGAGCGCUCGAGAUAAGAUGUCGUGCGCACGAGAUAAAAUGUCGAUCACUCGAGAUAAGAUGUCGAGCGCUCAAAAUAAGAUGUCGAGAGCUCGAGAUAAGAUGUCGAGCGCAGGGGUUAAGUCGAGAAAAGAUGUCGUGCGCACGAGAAAAUUUAAUCUUUAAAAAUAUAAAUGCAUGUCCUAAACAUACCACCGUACAAUACCAUGUGAAUCAACAAAUUUUCUUGAGAAUAGUUCGUGAGUCAUUUGUUACAAUUUAAGUCACUGUGACCGUCAAUGACAGUGUCUGACUAACGAAACGUUAAAGAGUUUGUAAAGAUGCAUUGAAUAUGUAAAAACAUCCGACCAGAAACUGCGUCUUAUACUAUGCUUCAUACGUCUAAUAAUCAGAUUGUUUUCAUGUUGUCGACUCACAAAUUGUAAUGAUAACAUCUCGUGUUUCUCUCAAAAGAUAAUUAAUAUAAUGGUUGUACAUAACAUAUAUGGUGCCAUAAUUUGCAUUUGUAUAUACAUGUAUGAAUAACUGA